AUGGAUCCGACAGAUGCGGGAGGCUGGCCAAUACAGGACUUGAAGGACCAUUGUAACUUCAAUGUGGUUGUAACUCAAGAAGUCAUCCCCACCGACGGUUUCAAAUAUGCGGGCAGACUCGAAGACGAAAGUCAUAAUAGCGUUGAAUGGAUUCGCAACGCCUUUUACUUUGGGAUUGCAGUCAUGCCUGAAGCCCCAACGGGGGUCAACGUGACCGCAGUGCAGCGCGGAAUAACAGACAUCAGGACGCCUAGAUCCCCACCCCGCGUACCAAAACGAGUAAGGCGAGAUAUCUUUCCUACAGCAGACAAGAUGUUACCUCUCCCCCCAUACAUUCCACCGCCUGCAGGGCAUGCCCCUGUCUAUCAAGACCUCACCGCUACUCCCCGCGUUCCUAGGAGUCCUUGCAGCGCAACUGAGGCGCGGUUCGAACGCGAUCGGAUCAAUAGUGCUGGAAGGAGAUUUUCUGCUCGUUCGACGUAUGGUCCGGAUCCUGGUCCGCAACGUGGUCGGUCGAGAAGUCGAUCACCGCGCGAUCGUCAGAACGGUCGAUUUCGAGACUAUUCUCGAAGGUCACCGCCUCCUCAACAUCGCUCCGAAACCCCUGAAAGACGCGGGCGGCCAGAAACACGUGAUCAGACUAACCACCGGUCAGAAGACUACGACCGAUCUCAAUCUCGGCAUCAGCGUUCGCCGACACGUCGAUUCGAACAGCCUCCUGACUUGCGUCUUGAUAAUUACAUCAACAAGCCUACGUUGAACGCGUACGGGUUGGUCGAAGCCAAUGCCGUCAAGUAUGAUGACCACGAUGGCGAUCGCCUGCUCAAUUAUAACGCGAAUAGUCAGCCGAGCAACCGCGAUCGCGACCGCGGUCGUGGACAAGGUGACUACCACGAGACCAAUCGUGGUCCAGGAGAACGCGGGCCGGGUAGCGGCAGAGGACGCGGUGGUCGUCGUCGUUAG